AUGGUGCCUGAACCGGCGACUAGCGCCAUCCAAAAACGGGGGCAGUUUUCCGCGGACACUACAGUACACUUCUCAAACAUCCAGCCGGAUAUCACGUUCAUGGUACAACAGACAUUGUGUUACUUUCUGGCCCCUGUUGCGGUCAACAUGAGGGGCCCCAUGAUAUCAAUCUUUCAUACUUUUAUAGCUGUCAACCCAGCGGAGGCUCAGAGAGGGGACAUGUUAUCCAACAGAGGUGCAGGUUCCACGGAGAAUAUGUAG